AGACAAACGUUUAUGGUGAGAUUAAAUGUACAUUGCAGAUGGUUCCAUUGAUUGUCCAGAGAUUGGUUCUCUUGGUGAAAGUACACGUUUUCUGAUCUGAAGCAAAAGAAAAAAUCACAAUGAGCACGGUUGUUGAGAACGGUGUAGAAACUACCAAGUCACGUGGAGUAUUUUCUAAGGCAUUUGCUAAAAGAGCUCAACCCUAUGAAGAAGUUAUCAAAAGCCUGAAUCGACUGAGUUCAGAGGGUGAAAAGCUUGCCAGCGAUGACGGAGUUUCAACACACCCCACCUUGGCCUUGAUGAGGCGCAUCCUUGCUGAUGCACAGGCAAAACUUCGCGUGAUGGUAGAAGAAAACGCAGCAACUGGCGCCCGUUUGGACGGGGAGCUGGAGCGUGCACGAGGGGAAUGUGCAAGUCUCCGAGGAGAGUUAAGAAACGUUCGUGGUGCCUUGGCGCUUAACAGUAACUCAAACAAUCCAACCAGCAAUGGUAACAAUAAUACUAAUGCAACAGUAAACAGCACAAGUACCAGUGGUCCAACAACCAACAACUUAACUCCAGCUUCAAGCCAGGAAGCCAAUGUAGAAACUCAAGGACAAAAUACUCAGGAAGAUUCACUCAAACGCUUAAGUGCUGGAAGCAGUCCGGUAGAUAAGAGAAGUUCUGCUAGUGAGAAAUCUGUCAGUCCUAUUGAUAAAGGAAAUAGUCCUGUAGAUAAAAAAGAUCGAGCUAGUCCGAUUGAUCGCAACAGAACCAGCCCUUCUAUUGAACGGAAUAAUGACUCGCCUAAUCGAAGUCCAAGUGAAAAGACGAGACGACCUUGGACAUCAGCUGUAGAGAAAACUCGAAUUAGUGGUUCCGGUGGUAGUAUCGAUUCAAGAUCUGGCAGUGCUAGUCCUGAUAGAACUGGUAGAGCCACCAAUUUCUUCCAACGUGGUGGAAGUGAACGUUCGAGUGGUGAAAGACUUCGUAUUACUACCAAUAGGGAUUCUAUACGAUCCAAUAAGGAUUCGAACGAGCUUGAAAAAGAUAGUAAAGACAUAAUUGAUGGUGACGUACGACCAGAUGAAGACAACGAGCCUCCGGCGCCUGCACCAAGUAGUAGACCAACAUCACCAAGCGGUUCGCUUAGUAAGAAAGCUCUGACAUUCAAUAAUUUAUCAUCAAGAUUUCCUGGUCUACAUGCUGGAGCACCAGUUGAAUUAGCAAGCACAAGAAGACUUCGGUUGGAAAACGAGCGUUUGGUAGCGGAAGUUGCAAGAUUGCGGCGACUGUUACUGAGUGGAGCAGCUCGGGGCGAAGUUGGUGGUGAAGAUGCGGCAAUUGAGGAAGAAGCUCGGUUCGUUGCUUUGGAAAUGGAGUUGCAGCACUCUCGCGAGAUUAUCCAAGCGCUAAAGACUGAUCGAAAACGACUCAAGGCUGAAAAAUUCGAUCUACUAAACCAAAUGAAAGCUCUUUACAGUACUCUUGAAGACAAAGAACGAGAAUUGCGAGAUUUUAUACGAAAUUACGAACAGCGGAUGCGGGAAAGUGAAGCGACAUUGGGACGUCUUCAGCAGCAAGGUGCCGGCCUACAAACAGAUGAACGAGAAAGAGAACGAGAACGAGAACGCUGGAGUCUUCUAAGAGCCGCAAGGGAUGAGGCUGACCGCAGUCUGAGUUUAGCCGCUAGUUUAGCAGACAAAGAAGCUGCUCUUUCACAUGCCCAUGCUACUAUAAAAGAACUGCAACGUCAACUAGCAGAUCGAGGUGGAGUGGGAAAUGUCUGUUUAAGCGAUCAAGAAUCCCUUGUGUCAUUUCCACGAGGAAGUGUUAAUGGAACAGCAACACCUGGUGCAUGUAGCAACAGUGGAGUUGGCAAUUGUGGACCGAUGUUACUGCCACACCUGGGCUCGCAGCCGCCUCUUGGAAUGACUGACCUUUGUGUUAGCAAUGUCACUGGAACUGGUGUGUCCAAUACUGGCCAAGCCGGUGAUAGAGGAAGUUGCAGUGCUGAUAGCGGAGUUCGUGGAUCUAGUGAUAGAGAAAGCGGUGGAGCGACGAGUGUAGGAGGAAACCUUUCAGAUUCUACCACUGAUGGCACACCAACUAUUACUGUUGAGGGAAGUGGUCUCGACAUGGACAGCAUCUCCGUGAUAUCUUCCGUAGCCCCGUCGCACAUGUACCAAUCAGCAACGACACCAAAGGAUUGUAGUCCGACAUUGUCUCCAUUAAAUGCAUUCUCAAGAUCCAUGGAUACAUCGUCGAUGUCACGUUCUGUAGAACAACUAUCAAGUCCAAUGGAUGCAGAGCCGAGAAGAAAUAAACAGCCUCCACCUGUCGUUGCACCUGUCGCUCACGUCCGUUCCUCAGCAACUAGAGGAGGACCCUGGGGAUCCAUUUCAAGGGUUUUCGCACGGUCGCGUCACCGGAAGGCGGUAAACAGUUCCGUCAGUGGGAGCGCCGGAAACGAGGGCCCCGAUGGAUUCGAUCCCUAUAGAUCGUGGUCUCCCCUUACGGAAGAAGGCUAUGCCGAAAAGCUCCGAUUGCUAAGAGAAGCUGCCGCUAUUCCUAUGGAAAGAUGGAGAGCACCGACAGUUUUAGCUUGGCUUGAAGUUGCUUUAGGGAUGCCACAAUAUGGACCAAGAUGCGCUGAAAAUAUUAAAUCUGGAAAGGUUCUACUAGAGUUAAAUGAUGCUGAGUUAGAAGCAGGUUUAGGAAUUACACAUCCACUUCACAGGAAGAAGCUUAGACUCGCAAUUGAGGAGCAUAGACAUCCAGGUCUUGUUCGUUAUCCUUGUAUCGCUCAACUUGGUCACACUUGGGUUAGUUCUGAAUGGCUGCCUGACUUAGGACUCGCUCAAUAUGCUGAAAGUUUCGCCACAAACAUGGUAGACGCACGUAUGCUUGACCAAAUUGUAAAAAAAGAACUGGAGAAGCUCCUUGGAGUAACGAGGAAAUUUCACCAAGCGAGUAUUAUGCAUGGCAUUAAUUUAUUGAGGAUGCUCAAGUACGACAGACAGGCAUUGGCAAUACGCAGACAUCAAUGUGACCAAGUUGAUGAAGAUCCUUUAGUCUGGACCAAUCAAAGGUUUAUUAGAUGGGCUAGGAAUAUUGAUUUAACUGAAUAUGCAGAUAACCUCAAAGAUUCCGGAGUACAUGGGGCGCUCGUAGUACUAGAGCCUUCAUUUACGGGUGACACAAUGGCAACAGCUCUUGGGAUCCCGCCAGCAAAACACAUGAUCCGAAGACACCUGACAGCCGAGUUAGAAGCACUCGUGCUACCAGCAAGAAGCCAACUGGAAGUUGUCCCGAGGAAUCCAGCUGGAGGUCGUCCGAUGAGUACUGUAAGCGCUGGUGGAAGUCUUGGUCGUGGUAAUCGAGCCCUUCAUCUCCAACAUCAUCAGAGUUCUCUCUCAGCUCUGCACAUGGCCACCAACAACAACUCUAACACUAUUGAUAGACGACGCUCCAGUCUCAGGACCUGCAGUCUUCUUUACCUUAAAAAGUUGUCGUGGAGAAGUUCUCAGGGAUCACUAAGCCGAGCAUUGGGUUUACGUCCACGAAGUGAAAAAGCAUCACCAUCGUCGUCAUCAGAUACUGGAAGUUUAGCAAGUCAAUGUCAGUACAUGAGUAGCAUCAGGAGUAACUCACCACCACCACCGCAAUUACCACCAAGACCAAGUGUUAACGGUAACACAGGAAAACGCCAUCGAAGAGUCAAAAGUAUUGGUGAUAUCGAGUAUAUAAGUACUGCACCAGUAAGCACACCUGUCUGACAAGAAGAUCGGCCCCAACGAUCGGGGCCUUAUCGAAGUCUGAGCGAACGAGGAUAUUCUUCAUCAUAUUCUUCGUCAUACGGAUCUUACUCGGGUUACAGCAAUGUUCUAGCAUCAGAUUACUACUAUCAGUCACCUGGAAACGCCUACUAUCAGCUUCAUGGAGGUUAUUACUCGCCCCAGAGCUCGGGACCACGCUUUCCAGGAGUUCAGAGGUACGGGAGUCUAGCAGAAGAGUCUUGGUCAUCAUCAACAGCUAAAGAUGAAAAUUUCAAAUCAUCUCGAACAUAUUUGUCUUAAUUGAAAUACUUGAAAUGCGUUUAAUGUCUUCUGAAUCAUUAAUCACUUGCAUCAGCUUAAUCAUUUUGAAAAGGAAAAUUUAGAAUAAUAAUAUAUAAAUUUUGCAUCAGAUUAUAUACUUAGUCUUAUUAAAUACAUUCCACUUGGUGGACAUUUUAAUUUAUAGGCCAACGACUUGAAUCAUUGAUUAAACUUAUAUUAAUGCAUUGGUGGUUCUUCUUGUUAAUUGUAUUAAAGAAAAACCCAUUUUUACUUCGUACUGACAUGCACUUUAAACAACUUAUUUCAAUGUGAUUAUAGUGUUGUUCAUAGAAAAUUAAAGAAUA